CUUGUGUCACUCAAAUAAGGAAUCAUUGCGAAGAGGUCUUCUAAAUUAUUUAUUCCAACCCAAUGAGCUCAAGAUUAGCUUUAACCCCGGCUUUAACCAGGAUCAGGAUGAUUCAAGCUCUAACCCUACUUCUGCUGGCCUCGGCGGUCAUUGCCGAGGAAGCCGCUUUAUUGGAAGCCGCCGAACCGAUUGCUGGUAGCUACAUCGUAAAGCUCAAGACCAACGCCGAUAUCGAGUCUUGUGUAUCUACAAUCAGACUUGCUGGUGGUCAUGUGGAACAUCGUUAUAACCGACUCUUCCAAGGAUUCUCGGCUCGACUUUCUGAUACGCUCUUGAAUUAUGGUAAGCUUUUACCCCAUCCCAGGGCAUCAUCCUCUGGGUCUACGGACUGA